AGCAGAUGCUCCACAUAAAUAUGUUGGAUUUUCUUUUCUCCCCCAUAGCAUAGAAAAUGGGCGAAACAAGGGAAAAUGGCAAUAAGAAAAUAACUGAAACUAGAUUCGUUUGACAGUAGAACAUUUUAAGUUAGUUGCAGCAAAGACUUCGAAAAGAACAGACGCGGCUAGCAGAAUCAUUUAGGAACAGUUUCAAAAGACAAAAGGACUAAAUAAUAAAACAAAUCUAUUCAUAAUGAAAUACUUUGCCUGCUUAAAUCUACGCUCGAUGGGCCUGAGCAUAGCCUGUCUGGAUAUUGUCAUAGCCCUCAGUAUUUUAGGUAUUUGCAGCUAUCAUUUGUACCUGGAUUUUUUGGAUCUUUCGCAAUGGCAACAGAAUGAUGUUCAGAUCAUGAGUCCUUUUGGCACAUUUAUAGCCACAUUGGUGGAUUAUGUUUUGGUACAUGAAUUUUCGCAAGCUUUCUAUAUGAUUGUGACAUUAACAAUAUGGAUAAAGGCGUUAAUAAAUCUGGUGGUGGCCUCCAUUAUGAUUGAUGGCAUUAAGAAGCAACGUCUUAUAUGCAUUGCCCCCUGGUUGAUAAAUUCCUGCAUAUCCAUGCUGAUCGAGAUAGCUAUAUUUGUGAGUUUGGAAAUUAAAAUCGAUGAUUUAGAUGCCUCUGUGGAUCGACGAAUAGCGAGAAGUGUGAUAUUUGGAGUAUUUUUGGUGCUCAAUGCUCUUUUUGCCUAUGGCAUUUAUGCCUUAUAUCGUCUAAUGAAAUCUUCAACAAAUGAGAAUCGUGCCCUACAGGAGAGCAUUGUGGAAACUUCGGGUAUGUUUCAGCAUGUCAAGGUCUGAGAACAAUCUAUGACUCAAACUAUAUAAAAUUUGAUAAAUGAACAGAAAGCAAACUUAUAUAAGUGUGGAUGAAAAGGUAUUCUUCAAAUUGAAUUGUACAAGCAUUUAUAUUCAACCAGCAAAUAAAGGCAAUUUUCCGAAA